CAAGCCCCGCCCCCGCCCAGGUGUGGCCCUGCCCCCGCUGCACCUUCCUGAACCGAGGCCACGCCCCCACCUGCGAAAUGUGCGGCGCUGACCACGCCUCCUUUGAUGACGUCACUUCCGGAGCCUCCACUCCCACCCCCAGUGGUGUUUCUGCCACUUCCGGGUUCGGGAUGACCACUUCCGGUUAUGGAUCCGCCUCUUCCGGUGCGACUACAACAACUUCCGGUGCAGACAAAUCAACUUCCGGGUCUGCCCCUGCCUCUUCUGGUGCUGGGAAAGCGACUUCCGGGUCUGCUGAUGUAACUUCCGGUGUUGCAAACACCACUUCCGGUGUUGAAAAACCCUCCUCUGAUGUUGCUAAAGACACUUCCGGUAUUGGGAAGGCCACUUCCGGUGUCGGCCAUGACACUUCCGGUGUCGGCCAUGACACUUCCGGUGUCGGCCAUGACACUUCCGGUGUUGACAAUCCCACUGCGGGGGUGGGGAAUUCCACUUCCGGUUGUGCUGAGGUCACUUCCGGGGGUGGCCCCGCCCCUUCCCGUGAUGCUUUGCGGCAGAGGAAGCUGCUGGAGGACGGGCGCCGCCUGGUGGAGCUCGUGAGGGCCGCCGAAUCCCAGGGCCUCCCCCCGGAAUCCCUUGGCCCCGCCCCCUUUUCCCAGCUUCCGGAACCUUCCGGCCUCGCCCCCAGCCCCGAAUCCCAAAUCCGGCACUUCCGGAGCCGCCUCGGAGGGGUCCUCAAGGCCCUCCAGGGGGCGGAGCCCGAGGAGAAGGAGGGCGGGGCCUCCCUGGGGCCGUUCUCAUUGGCCGAAGCCGCCUGGGCGUGGCUGGAGGGGGAGGGGCAGCUCGACCGCGCCCGCCGCGCUCUGAUUGGUCGGAGGAAGCAGCAGGCCCUCGUCCGUCAGAUCCUGGCCACGUUGCCGGUGGCCAGCUGGGGCCGGGCGCUGCUGGUGGCCACGCUGGGCCGGGAGCUGGCCCUGGGCCGCCUGCAGGCUCCCAGUUCGGAGCCCUUACUGGUGGAACUGGUGGAGGCCGUGGGGUCCUGCCCGGACAGGGCUGCCCUGCGCAGGCGCCUGCGCUGCGAGUGCGCCGUCUGCGGCUGGGGGCUGCCCCGGCAGCGCAUGCAGUGGCUGCCGGGCUGCUCGUGCCCGCUGUGCCCCGAGUGCUUCCGGCUGCACUUCACGGUGGGGCUGCGGGAGAGGGGCGUGGGCGCCCUGGGCUGCCCCAGCUGCGGCCGGCCCGACCUGCGCGACGACGCCCAGCGCCUCUGGUACUGGUCCACGCUGGAGCCCGCGUGCUCGUUCGGGUUCAUCUUCGAGGCGGAGCGGGGCCCGGCGCAGUGCCCCCAGUGCCGCCAGUGCUGCUGCCCCCGCUGCCAGCUGCCG